AGGGAUUAUUUACUACAUAUAUUAUAGUUUAGCCAUACACUAGUCUGAAUAACAAGUUAAAUCUAUUGAAACUUUAUUCAGGUUCCCUGAAAUCUCGUAUUAGUAGCAACAAUGGAUCCCCUAGUAGAGCUAGCCCCUGCCCUGUGGGCCGCAGCGAGGGACACGUUUAAAAGCUCACCCCACUGCCUGCCAGCUUACUACGCUAUGGACAUGUUGAUUCGGUUUCCUGACAUAUGCACGACUCUCGGAGCUAAAGUCUACAAUGUGGGUGGGGACAGCACUGACGGAGUGGUCAUCACUAUGGAUAAGGGCACAAGAAUCGAGUUAAUAAUAUUAAUAAAAGACAAUACUUCUAAUAAAAUCGAGCAAGCACUGGUAGAAAGUAAAAGAAUUUGCAAAGAUAAAACCAUAUGCGUUCCUUGGGCUAUGCCAAAUGUUAUGGGGAUGAUGGGCAGAAUCAGUCACAGUAUGGGGUUGUUCAAGUUUGUGGAGGGACCGUCGAGUUUACACUACAUUGACAAGGAAUCGAAGCCUUAUGCCGACGUGAGAUGUCCGGCAAACACAUACACAUCAGCGUUGCAGUUAGCCCACGUCGACCAAAUCGACGAAGUCUGGCCGCAUAGAUAUGCAACCUCAAAGUCAUAUUUCGAACUCCUCAUUCGAAACAAUCUCAGUUACGGCCUCUUUGCAGACGACCAUAGACUAUUAGCCUGGACAUUAAUAAGUGAGGUUGGAUUCCUUAACCACCUCUUUUGCUUAGAAGAAUUUAGAAAUAAAGGCUACGCAGAGUUUUUGAUAAAGUUUGUUGUAAAUGAUCAGUUGAAACAGGGGAGGGAUGUAUUUUGUUAUAUUGUUGAUGGCAAUGAUAAAUCUUUGAAUUUGUUUAAAAAGCUUCAUUUUAAACAUGUUACUAAUGUUUCAUGGCUGUUUUUUAAAAGUCUGUAAUGUUAACUUUUAAAUGAACUUUAAAUUAUCAUAAGACAGGUCACUGUUCAUUUGUCCGGUAUAAAAGAGAAAGUUGUA